CUAAUAGUUUCUUUUUCAGCCACUGCUGACUGAUCGACAUCUCUCUGAGGAAACAGACUGUGAGCUCAUCAAGAGGAAACAAUGUCAGUGAAGAAGAUGUCAGUGAAGGUUUUAGAGUCAAGCUGGAAAAAAGCCAUGAUCCAAAUCAUGGAGGAGCUGACGGAGUUAGAAUACAAGAAGCUUUUGGUCAACCUGGAAAAAAUCCCCCAAGGAGAAAGGGCGGACAAGCUCAGGGUGGAGAUCCCUCAAAUAAUCAUCAAGCACUACGGGGCGUUGGACUCCAUUUCUUUGAUGGACAAAGAGCUGAAGCGGCUACCGAGGAUGGACAAUCCAGUCCAAAGCAUACUGCGCCCCUUUGUGGAAAAACGUGAAAAACAUCGACUGAAAUUAAAGGCCUCAAAGAGCAAACCUGCGGCUGACUCAGGAUCAGUGCCCAAGGAGCCAAAACCUGCAACUGAAGCUGACUCAGUAUCAAUGUCCAAGGAGCCAAAACCCUCAGGAUCAGUGCCCAAGGAGUCGAAACCCUCAAGAUCAGUGCCCAAGGAGCCAAAACUUGCAACUGAAGCUAAAUCAGUAUCAAUGUCCAAGGAGCCGAAACCCUCAAGAUCAGUGCCCAAGGAGCCAAAACCUGCAACUGAAGCUGACUCAGUAUCAAUGUCCAAGGAGCCAAAACCCUCAGGAUCAGUGCCCAAGGAGCCAAAACCCUCAAGAUCAGUGCCCAAGGAGCCAAAACCCUCAGGAUCAGUGCCCAAGGAGCCAAAACCUGCAACUGAAGCUGACUCAGUAUCAAUGUCCAAGGAGCCAAAACCCUCAGGAUCAGUGCCCAAGGAGCCAAAACCCUCAAGAUCAGUGCCCAAGGAGCCAAAACCCUCAGGAUCAGUGCCCAAGGAGCCAAAACCUGCAACUGAAGCUGACUCAGUAUCAAUGUCCAAGGAGCCAAAACCCUCAGGAUCAGUGCCCAAGGAGACGAAACCCUCAAGAUCAGUGCCCAAGGAGCCGAAACCCUCAAGAUCAGUGCCCAAGGAGCCAAAACCUGCAACUGAAGCUAAAUCAGUACCUGCAACUGAAGCUAACUCAGUAUCAAUGUCCAAGGAGCCAAACCCCUCAGGAUCAGUACCCAAGAAGACAAAACCUAAAGCUGACUCAGGAUCAGUGCCUGCCGCUGAUAAACAGAAGAGCAGCAAACCUGAGAAGAAAGCUGCCAGCAAACCCAAAUGCACAAAAGCCUCAGCUGGGAAAGCUGUGUAGGAUUCUGCUCAGAGUACAAACAAGACAAAAAAGGCUUUGAUGGAAACCUGUUCAGCUGGAUGUUUGAUUAAAUGAACCGACACCGACCUGCAGUUCAACAACCAGGUGUUUGUGGCGACGUCAGAGAGUAAUACGGUGCUAGGAGUUCAUGAAAUAGAUGUAGUUACUUUAAAUGUUUGUACCUUUCUAUACAAUCAUUUCAAAUAAAAGAGAUGUUAUCUUUUUUAAACACCUGCUAUCAAAAAAGGAUUCAAAUUUACAAAAAUCUACCAUAGACUCUAAAAAACAUGGACGUAGUCUGUGACUUCACUCAUUUGUUUCUGAAAAUGCGUUUUGAAGCCCAAUGAUGCCGGUCAUCAUAUCUGGAAUACUUUUGAUUAACCUUGUAACAUAGAGGUGUAGCAGAGGCAGGCCUUUAGCCUCCUGACAACUAGAGGCUCAACUCAAAAUAAAUUUUUCACUCUUGUUUAAUAAAUCCAAAAAAAUCUGGACGUUGAA